CAAACAACAUCAGGCAAGCAGUACAGCUUCACUGUCCGACAGCAGCCUGUUCAUGCGCGCAUGUGCGGCUUUGGAGAAAAGGAUCGCAGACCUAUCGACCCACCACCCAUUCUCGAGUGCGUUUGUCUCAACUACCCAUCAGAGCAGGCAGAUCAAGGAAGCCAACCCCGCCCGACGCGCGUCAAGGAUCCGUAUCUCUCUGUUCACGUCAUGCUGCUCGAUGAAACGGGUCGCGAAGAGUGUGGCCUCAUUCUGAGCUCGAGUAGUCGCAAACAGUCGGAACGGCAUGGGCAGCCAAGUUCACCUGAGGCUGGGCGGACCUCUCCACCAGCACACAGAACAGCUAGCACCCAAAAGGUGACGCGUGUCUUGAUGGGAUCGCUGGUGACCAACUCAAUACAACUCGAGGAUGAUCAAGGCGUGGAGGGCUCUUUCUUCAUCUUCCCGGACCUCAGUGUGCGAACAGAAGGCCGCUAUACACUCAAGUUCACGCUCUUCAGCCUCGAGGGUCUCAGUCUUGCAGCAGCUUCAGGAACACGCGCCAAUUGCAUUGCUGAAGCAGUCAGUGAGCCAUUCACAGUAUACACGGCGAAGAAGUUUCCUGGCAUGCUACGCUCCACUGAGCUCACCAAAGCUUUUGCACGCCAGGGCUACAAGGUUCAGGUACGCAACGAC